ACGAUUGAAUUAAUGUGACUUGAGGAAUGGCGGCAAAUUUUUUGAGACAAAACUCUGUCCCUGACAAACUUGAUGAACAGAAGUCAGUAGUGAUAGAUUUCAUUGAACAUCAGAAAACUUUGGAUCGUAAAGUUGUUCUUGUCACUAGCGGAGGAACCACGGUGCCGCUGGAGAGUAAGACCGUGAGGUUUAUAGACAACUUCAGUGUGGGGUCUAGAGGCGCAUCUUCUACAGAAUAUUUUCUAAAGGAAGGCUAUAGUGUAAUUUUCCUCCACAGAAACAGGUCCCUGAAGCCAUUUCUACGUCAUUUAUCUGGGUACAAUUUUCUGGAUUUGUUACAGCUGGAUGGGGAUGAACCAAAUUCAUCUGUCAGAGUUAAACCAGAACAUCAAAAACAGCUAUCAUCCAUUCUGCAUGACUAUGAGCGAGUCCAAGCUGACAGGUCACUACUAAAUGUUGAAUUCCAGACCCUGUCCGAGUAUUUACACCUGUUACAGGUGUGCGCUACCUGUCUACAGAGUCUGGGACGGUCUGCAAUGUUGUACCUAGCGGCAGCCGUGGCCGACUUCUACAUCCCCAAAAGUGAAAUGCCAGAGCAUAAGAUCCAAUCCUCGGACGGCCCCCUGCAGUUGUCCCUACAGCUUGUGCCAAAAAUGUUGGAACCACUGGUGAAGGAGUGGGUACCACAAGCUUACGUCGUAUCUUUCAAAUUGGAAACAAACAAGGACAUUUUGGUUUCAAAGUCUCUUCAGGCUCUGGAGAAAUACCACCACCAGUUGGUGAUUGCAAAUCUUCUGGAGACGAGGAAGAGGGAGGUUAAACUUGUGACUGUAGAUUCUUGUGUAGACAUUACCAUGACAACGGAAGAUCUGUCACAUGGUCAAGAAAUUGAGGAGAAUAUAGUGAAGAAACUUAAAAGUCUGCAUUCGAAAUUUUGCAGUAUAGAUGUUUAGACAUAAUAAUCAAGGCAUGUAAAUUGAAAUAACAGCAUUUUGUACUUUUGACAAAAUUAAUGAUGAAGAGGUUGGGGACUAUUUUCUAUUGGAGUAUACAUCCUCCUCCAGGAGAAUUGUCUUGUGAAAGACUCCAAUAGGAAAGAUUACUCCACUAACAUGGACAGAUUGCUGUGGUCUUGAGAAGAUGUUUAUUAAAUUUUGUGUUAAUCAACAGUUUUGUAGUAAGAGUUGAGGAAAUGAUGGGACUAUUUGUUACUUUUGUUUUUAGGAAAUGAGGAGUUAUUUAAUAUUAAACUUGUAUUUGCCAUUAUUAAUAAACAUAUGCUGUUUCAA